CCACACCAGUCCCUUGUACACAUUUAAAACUAGUUACAAAUGUCUGCACAAAAUACCAUUGGUGAUGAAACUCGACCUUCAGCUGAUUUUCCUCCCGGCAUCCGGGGAGAUAUAUUUCUGUCAGAUGCGUUUAUGAAGACUACAAUUGUUAACUGUGAUCAGGAUCGUCUCCAAGAAAUGAAGGAGGAAGUGAAGAGGAUGGUAACAGCUCCAUUUGAAAAGCAAUCGCAGAUUUUACAGUUGAUUGAUGACAUUCAACGCUUGGGCGUCGCUUAUUUGAUGGAAAAUGAAAUUAGCCAAGUUUUGCAACAAAUUCACGAUAACUUUUCUGGCAAAUGCCUUGAUGACCAAGAAGAAAAUGAUGAUAAUCUUUACACGGCUGCUCUUCGUUUUCGACUACUUAGACAACAAGGUUACAAGGUUUCAUGUGAUACGUUUAACAACUUCAAAGAUGGAGAUGGGAAAUUUAGCCAAUCGCAUGUUGGUGAUGUACUUGGCCUAUUAAGCUUGUACGAAGCAUCACAGCUGAGGAUUCAUGGAGAGGAAAUACUAGAUGAGGCAGUUAAUUUCAGCACAACCCAUCUUGAGUUGGCCAUACACGGUUUGUUGCCUCCACUUUCAAAACGGGUAAGCCAUGCCUUGUAUCAACCACUGUGGAAGGGGUUUCCUCGGCUAGAAGUGAGGCAUUACCUGUCUAUGUACGAGGAAGGUGAAUCACAUAACGAAACUCUUCUGACUUUUGCAAAAUUGGAUUUCAACCGACUGCAGCAAGUCUAUCAGAAAGAACUUCCUGGGAUUACAAGGUGGUGGAAAGACUUGGACUUCGAAAAGAAGCUACCUUUUGCCAGAAGCAGAGUAAUUGAGGCAUAUUUUUGGGCCCUAGGGCUCUUCUAUUUGCCUGAGAAUCACGUCGGAAGGAUGAUGAUGUGCAAAAUUAUUGCCAUAAUAACCAUUAUUGAUGACAUUUAUGAUGCGCAUGGAAAAUAUGGAGAACUAGAGCUCUUUACCGAAGUUGUCGAGAGGUGGGAUGUUUCUGCUAUGGAUCCAUUGCCAGAGUAUAUGAACGUUUGUUACCAGGCAAUGAUGGAUGUCUACACCGAAUUUGAAGAAACUCUUGCAAAAGAGGGAAAUUUGUAUCGCAUGCAAUAUGCAAGAGAAGCAAUGAAACUUCUGACUAAAGCUUACCUGACAGAAGCCAAAUGGUUCAACAAUAAUUACAUACCAACAAUGAGUGAAUACAUGCCGGUAGCACUUUUCACAUCCUAUCAUAUGCUAGCCACCAUGUCCUUUAUUGGAAUGGGAGAUAUUGUUACAAAAGACUCCCUGGAUUGGGUCUUCAGUGACCCUAAGAUGCUAAAGGCUGCAUCGGUAAUUUGCAGACUUAUGGAUGACAGAGUCUCCCACGAAUUUGAGCAAAAGAGAGGACAUGUCGCCUCAGCUGUGGAAUGCUACAUGAAAGAACAUGAUGCAACUAGAGAAGAAGCAUUAAUCGAGUUUCGUAUACAAGUGAAUAAUGCAUGGAAGGAUAUCAAUGAAGCUUUGCUGCAACCCACGAUUUUCCCUGUUCCUGUGCUAUCGCUUAUUCUCAAUCUGGCCCGAGUGAUUGAAGUUAUUUAUAAGUACGAGGAUGGCUAUACCCAUUCUGGAAUCGUGCUCAAGGAUUACAUAGAGUCUUUGCUUAUUGAACCUGUGCCUUUAACCAAAGGUUUGAGCUUUACUGGAACUUGAAUCAUCCCGCUGAUUACCCUACAAUGAACUUUACUCAUCUUGCUGGUAUAUUUCGUACAAUAAUGUGUGAAUGUAUUUAUGUAUCCACCCCAAUAAGUAUGUUGUUUUUCUUUCCAAGUUUUUUUUUUUCCACCAAAAGUGUGUCUGGACACUGAGACACUUCAAUUAAUAAGAUGUAUGAACACAUUA